UUGAUUGCAUAUAAGUCGCACCUGAGCAUAAGUCAUACCCCUGGGCAAACUAUGCAAGAAAUUGCAACUUUUAAGGUUGAUCCGAUAACAAACAAAUAUUUGUUUUGGUGUUUUAGAAACAAAUCCAGUCACCAAUCGUGAUUUUACGUUAUCCUGAUAGGCCACGGAAACUAAAAAUGUCACACAAAAAAUGUGAUGACUAAAACUGACCAACAUCUUUUUAAGUGGCAUUUAAAGCUUUAAAUAUCAGUCACGUAAUUUUCCAUCUUCAUACCUGGUGGGUUUUCAAUCCUCCAAUGCCAUCCGAAUUCUUCCAGCGUUCCCUUUCAUCUCGUUUUAUUUCUCACACAGAGCAUAACUUAUUUCCUUUAGAUUAGCUUGUAGUUGGUAAAAUGAGUCAUAAGUCUCUUUUAUGUCGCAUUGGUGCAGAGUGCAUUGCCUUUUCCAACUGUCUAAAUAACUCUUCCCCUCUCUUUGUUUUAUUGUGUAGCUGUGUGCCACCAUUCAUUUUUUUACUUUAUUUUUUCUGUGUGUACGGCUGUUUGUCUCACAGAUUUAGAGUCGAAGCAGGAUGAAUGUUCCUGUAAGGGGUGCUUGUCAGAAUCGGAUGAAAAUCUAUUAAAAACAGAGAAUAAAUGACUUUAUUAUGGAAAACAGAAUAUGCAAGCGGCUGUGCGAUGUAAAAUAUGAAUGGCUUUUUAGAACGCUAAGCUCUUGUCUCAUAUCUUUCAGAGGCCAGGAGUCCUUUCAUGUCCACCACCACCCUCUAAAUCCUCAGCGCUCUAAUCUCCCGUAACCACUUCCUGACUGCUGAGCCAUCCUGGUACUGCCAGCAUGGGGAUGCCAGCCAAAAAAACACCCAUUAGCACUGUUAAGCCGCAGCAUCUUACCCCCAAAACUCCCUCCUUGCAGGAAAGGCAAGCAGAAGGAUGGUGUUUGGGGAGACAGGUGGGCACAGCUACUUGGUGGCAUGCUGGCAGCCCAUCCUGAUCCUUAUGCUGGGCACCGUCCUUUCUGGCUCCACCACUGGCUGCCCUUCCCGAUGUGAAUGCAAUGGACAAGAGCGUUCAGUCGUGUGUCAUCGACGGAGACUGGCAGCUCUUCCUGAGGGUAUCCCUACUGAAACGAGGCUAUUAGACCUCAGCAAGAACCGUCUAAAGACCCUCGGGCCUGAGGAGUUCAUUAACUAUCCUCUUUUGGAGGAACUGCAACUCAAUGAAAACACAAUAUCAUCCGUCGAGCCUGGGGCAUUUAGCAGCCUCAUGAACCUUCGGACCCUUGGUCUACGCAACAACCAGCUAAAGCUUAUUCAACUGGGAGUGUUCACAGGCUUGGUCAACCUCACACAGUUGGAUAUAAGUGAGAAUAAAAUUGUCAUUCUGCUAGACUACAUGUUCCAAGAGCUAUACAACCUGAGGGCUUUGGAAGUUGGUGACAAUGACCUAGUCUUCAUCUCACCUCGAUCGUUUCAUGGCCUGAGCAACCUUGAAAGCCUAAAUAUUGAGGGACACAAAUUGUCCUCAGUGCCCACCGAUGCCCUUAGCCAUCUGCAUAAUCUGUUGUCACUUCAACUGCGUUACCUUAAUGUUUCUGUCAUAAGAGAUUACUCUUUCAAGAGGCUCUAUAGACUAAGAGUGUUGGAGAUCUCUGACAUGCCAACUCUGGAUACCAUGACACCAAAAUGCUUGUUUGGUUUAAAUCUCACAUCACUGGCCAUAACAAAUUGUAAUCUUAGUGCCAUCCCAUAUCAAGCCAUGAAUCACCUGAGGCAUCUUCGUUUUCUGAAUUUGUCUUUCAACCCUAUUCAGACAGUGGAAGGGAACAGAAUGUUUCAUUUACAGAAACUCCAGGCUUUUUAUUUGGCUGGUGGAAAAUUGGUAGCUAUUGAGCCCUACUCUUUUAAAGGGCUCAACCAUCUUCGUGUAUUUAAUGUAUCAAACAAUGGCUUAAGCACUCUAGAAGAGUCUGUUUUUCAUUCUGUUGGAAACCUGGAGACUCUCGCUCUGUACGACAACCCUCUGGCCUGCGACUGCCGCCUCCUCUGGGUCUUCCGCCGCCGAUGGAGGCUCAACUUUAACAAACAACAACCAAUAUGUGCUUCACCUCCAGUUGUUGAAGGAAAAGAGUUCAAAGAUUUUCCAGAUAUACUCCCUCCCGAUUACUUUGUCUGCCAAAUGUCAAAGAUUGUGGAUUACCUGGUUCAAGAAAGUCAUGUAGAUGAAGGAACUACAGUUACUUUUGGUUGUAAGGCUGAGGGAAAUCCAGUUCCUGCCAUAAUUUGGGUUACCCCUAAAAAGGAAUAUAUCACCACCAAGACCAUGGGGACAAGACUUUCUGUGUCAGGUGAUGGUUCACUGGAGGUACGUUACGCCCAAAUCCAAGACAAUGGCACCUACUUUUGCAUUGCAAGUAAUGCAGCAGGCAAUGACACCAAAGCUGCACACCUUUUUGUGCACAGCUACUCCCCGAACUGGCCUCACCAACCUAACAAGACAUUUGCGUUCAUUUCCAACCAGCCAAGCGAUGAAGGUGCUAAUGUGACCAGGGCCACGGUUCAAUUUCCAUUUGAUGUAAAAACACUAAUUAUUGCAACCACCAUGGGAUUUAUUUCUUUCCUUGGAGUGGUACUUUUCUGUCUCGUGAUACUAUUCCUCUGGAGCAGGGGGAAAGACAACACCAAGUCAAAUAUUGAGGUUGAGUAUGUGCCACGCAAGGAGGAAACAGAGGAGACCAGUCCAACUGAGGCACAAGUACAAUUCAACAUGAAAAUCAUGUGAGCUCCUGGACAUGUCAUCAAAAAACUGCAGUCAGGAUGCAAACGAUUCCCAGCUUAAAACAUGUACUCAAUUUAAACAGUAGAAAUUGCACAGCAAUGGACAUGUCCUGACACUACACUAUAUAAUCAUUUUUUUAACUUAGGGAUUGAAUCUUUUAAAGGAAAUGUUGCAUUUCCGUUAUUCAUAUUUCUGUAAAUUUGUGUGGGCAGAAAUCAGUAUGUUAACAUGCACACGACAUUUUGGUUUAGGAAGCCCAAAACAAUGGUAAAAUGAAUAAAAGCACAGUUUGCAUUAAUAGCAGAUUUGUAUUUCAAAGUAUGGAGAGAUUCAUUUGUGAAUGGCAGAUGUAUUUUUAUGAAAAGGGGACUGUAGAAAGGGUGGUUUACUCAUAAAUGUUUGCUCAAAUUGAUAAACAAAGCACAAUUAUCCUUUGUAUGAGCCAAUGCUGUGUUGCCUAAAAUGCUGAUGUGAACACAAAUGACCAUUGUUUCAUUUUAGCAGUAUAAAAGAAGGGCAUGCGUAGAGAAUAAAGAUUACAUCAAGAAAUGUGUCAUGCAAUAAUAAACACAAAUCUAGAAAUGCUUGCAGAGGUGUAGUACACAAGGAAGGAAUAUUGAUGAAUUUUUUUAUUCUUCUGUGAAUUGCAUAAAAGUACUCUCUAAAGCUAUGUACACACCAAGGAUUUGGCGCAUGUUGUUUACACUGGACAAAGGCUGCCACCUACCGGUGGAAGAGGCUUGGUGCGAAAUGUCGAAGCGGUUCAGAUCAAUUGGAAACGGUUAGGUUCAUUGCUAGCAUUCUUGCAACUGCAGAUAUGGAUUACUAUUAUGCCAAUAGAGUGGCCUUAGUUUAUCUUUGUAUGAAAAACAAACGCAGGCAUCGUCACCUUGUUUGGGUUCACCGCAUGAACCAAAAUCAGAUGACCCAAACCCAUGUGUCACUAUCAAACCAAGUCUUUGGUUAGAAAAGUUCGACUUGGUUUAACUUGCAAUGUGCUUUCAGUGGUCAAAGGUUUUUUACGUAGAGCCCGAAAACGGCUGUAAAACUUGUGUAGCUUUGCGUGAAAUGGAUAGCUUUGAACACGGAAGCACGCAUUAAUGCGUGUUUACAUAGAUUUUUCAUCGCGGAGGGCGGUGUGAACAUAGCUUUAUUCCAAAACUUGUAUUGACUGUUCAUCUACCAGUUGCCAGGGGAAUAUUAUUUUAUAAAACCUUCGAAGUUUUAUGUCUGCAUAUUUAUUUUUUUCCCUUAACCAUUAAUUUAAAACUGUGCAUGUUAACACACUGAGUGAGAAAAGAAGCUACAGUUUCUGCUACUUUCAGUUUGCAAAAAAAGUGUCAUUAAAUGUAUUGAAAUGUUGCGAUAUACAUAUUUUUUCUGUAUUUUAUUCUUCCUUGUACAUUACGCUAUUGCAAAAUAGUAACGUUUUGAUGGCUGUGGUUUUUGAAUAUACUGCAACCCAAAGAGCAGAUUAAAUAUCCAUUAAAAUGUUUUUGAUGUAACUUGA